GUAGUGCAAAGACUCGUUACAAUUCUUUCAUAAACGGCAAGAUAUUCGACGAAAUGGUAGAGAAAUUGAAUCCUCAAUUAUCCGCAGUUGGCGAAAUGGCGGUACCCGACGUUCAAAUCAUCACUUCCGGUGGGCUUCGCAUAACAGCACACUCGCACAUUCUGGCUUCAGCAUCGCCGGUACUGGAAAGUAUGAUAGAAAGGCCGAAAAAGCGCCGGAGCUCCCAAAGGAAUAUUCCGAUACCCGGCGUUCCAUGCGACGCCGUUUCCGUGUUCAUCCAGUUCCUCUAUUCCUCCAAGUGCAGUGAGGAGCAGAUGGAGAAGUAUGGGAUCCACCUGCUGGCAUUAUCACACGUGUACUUGGUACCACAGCUAAAGCAGAGAUGUACAAGGGAGUUGUCACGACGGUUGAAUACUGAGAAUGUGUUGGAUGUACUUCAACUUGCUAGACUUUGUGAUGCACCUGAUCUUUACCUCAAGUGCAUGAAAAUGCUGUCUUGUAAUUUCAAGGCUGUUGAGCACACUGAAGGAUGGAAGUUCUUGCAAAAUCAUGACCCUCGGCUUGAGCUUGAAAUUCUGCAGUUCAUUGAUGAAGCUGAAAUGAGGAUAAAGAGGACAAGGAGGAAUAGAGAGGAGCAGAAGAUGUAUCUACAGCUAAGUGAAGCAAUGGACUGUCUGGAGCACAUAUGUACUGAAGGGUGCACGAGCGUUGGACCGUGUGACAUGGAUCCGAGCAAGAACAAGGGUCCCUGUAGCAAGUUUUCGACAUGCCAUGGCCUCCAGCUUCUGAUAAAGCAUUUUGCAGCGUGUAAGAAGAGGGUCAAUGGAGGAUGUUUGCGGUGUAAAAGAAUGUGGCAGCUAUUUCAAUUGCACUCCUCAAUUUGUGAUAAGCCUGAGCAAUGCAGGGUUCCUCUCUGCAGACAAUUCAAAUUGAAGGUGCAGCAAAACAAACGAGGAGAUGAUGCUAGGUGGAGAUUACUCGUGAGAAAGGUGGCAUCAGCUAAACUUAUAUCGUCAUUGUCUCUCCCCAAGAGGAAGAGAGAAGACAAACCUUGGAUUGCCCAAAUGAAAACCUACCUAGAAUAUAUGGACACUAGUCCAAAGUAGAAAUUAUUGGUGAAUUGCAAAAAAUUUUGUAAAUGAAAGUUGGGCUUGUAGCUGUCACACCCUUUUUUUUUCUUUUUUCUUUUUUUUGGGGUUAGGGUGGGGUGGGAUGAGGGUUUGAGCUAUUAGCUUGUCCCCGACAACAUUUACAAGUGGCUCGUUUCCUCAUAGAUGGGGUGGAGAAGUAACAUUCCGGAGUUCCUUACUCGAUAAUCAAGAAGCUUGGAUAAACCUCAAGUGGAUGAUGGGGGUAGUAUAUAGUUUGUGAAUGGAGCGUUUGCUUGUCAAUUUAUCUUAUCCAUAUAUUUAAAGCUAUGCAAGUUGCUUGUAAAAAGUGUGGACCAAUUGGUCUCAGUUCUGAUAUUUAAAAUAUUAUCAAGAUA